UGCAUUGUGGGAUUGUGUGGUACGUUCAAGAGCUCAUAGUUCAAUCAGCUCCAGACCUACCGUCACUACAGUAUUCUCAUCGGUACAUCGAGGUGCAAAGGGUACCAAGGAUUGGUCUCCGACUAAAGUGUCUUCAGCUCAUUGCGCCCUAUCAAGAGAAGUCACCAUGGACAUUGAAGAAUACCGCAAGAGAGGCAAGGAGAUGGUGGACUACAUCGCCGACUACCUGACCAACAUCAGGCAGAGGCGCGUCUUCCCCAACGUCAAGCCGGGCUACAUGCGAGAGCUCGUACCGGAUCACGCACCCGAAAAGGGAGAGCCGUGGGAAAACAUCUUCAACGACAUCGAGCGCGUGAUCAUGCCCGGGGUCACCCAUUGGCAGAGCCCGUACAUGCAUGGCUACUUCCCUUCUCUCAAUUCACCGCCGUCGUUGUUAGGAGACAUGUUAUCCGAUGGCAUCACCUGCCUCGGCUUCACCUGGGCGGCGAGCCCAGCGAGCACCGAACUCGAGACGAUUGUGCUGGACUGGCUGGCGAAGGCACUUGCACUGCCCGAACACUUCCUGCACUCGAACCAGCACAGCCGAGGCGGCGGCGUCAUCCAGACCACGACCAGCGAGGGCACGCUGGUGGCGCUGCUGGCGGCGAGAUCGGAGAUGAUUCGCCUCCUUCGCCACGAGUACCCGGACACCGACGACUGCGACAUCAACGCGCGCCUAGUGGCCUAUUGCUCGGACCAGGCGCACUCAUCAGUGGAGAAAGCCGGACUCAUCGGCAUGGUGAAGAUGCACUACGUGGAUUCCGACGACGACCUCAGUAUGCGCGGCUGGGCCCUCAAGGAAGCCAUGGACAGGGAUCGAGAAAAGGGACUCAUUCCUUUUUACGUGUGUGCCACUCUCGGGACUACUGGCGCAGUCGCUUUCGACAACCUUCUAGAAGUCGGAGAAAUAUGUGAACGCUUUUCGGUGUGGCUUCACGUGGACGCGGCCUACGCCGGUUCUUCGUUCAUCUGCCCCGAGUACCGACACUGGUUGCGCGGAAUCGAAUACGCCGACUCGAUCGUCGUCAACACCUCCAAGUGGAUGAUGGUCAACUUCGACUGCAGCUGCCUCUGGGUGAAAAACAGCAGCACAGUUCAUCACGCUUUUAACGUGGAGCCCCUCUAUCUUCAACACGAGAAUUCAGGUUACGCGGUGGAUUUCAUGCACUGGCAAGUGGGUCUGAGUCGUCGCUUCCGCAGCCUCAAGUUGUGGUUUGUCCUGAGGAACUACGGCGUGGCUGGUAUUCAGGACCACAUUCGCAGGAGCGUUCACAUGGCCGAGAUCUUUGAGAGCCUCGUGCAAGCGGACAAGCGCUUUGAGAUUCCCGCCAAGCGCCACCUGGGUGUUGUUGUUUUCAGGCUUAAGGGCCCCAACGCAACCACGGAGAAACUGCUGAAGCGCCUGAACGUGGGUGGUAAGCUGCACUGCGUGCCGGCCGCCUUCAAGGGCAAGUACGUGAUCCGCUACGUGGUGACGUCGACGCACACUAACGAGAAGGAUAUCCUGCGCGACUGGGAGAUAAUCUGUCAAACGGCUGGCGAGUUGGCACCACACCGCAUCACUCUCGCCGAGCUCAAGAAGCAGGAUCCCGAAUUCGGGUCGAGCCUGCUGCUGUCCAACAGCCCGAUGACGCCCAAGGUGGUGAACGGCAGCUACGUGGCGCUCUUCGAGGGCGACGAGGCGCUGCGGCAGCUGGUGAGCCGCUACUCGAACAAGUUCUCGCUCACGAGCAAGGAGAGCCCCGAGCUGCGACGCCGCGUGCGCCGCUUCAUGCUCUCCCAGAAGCAGCUCAGCCUCGACUCGCGCAUGGACCUCGUCAACUCGCUCAUCGCCUCCUCCAGGGGCCUCCAGGCAUUAAUAGCCGCCGCCAUCUGUGAUAAAUGUGUGGACGCGGCCGGUGGCAGCGAGGACAGCUGCAAGGACAGCGAGUCUAUCGCCGAGGGAGACGAGGAUUCGGGCGUGACAACGGCCCAGAAGGCCCUGGCUGCCGCGGGGGCCUCUGGUGCUCAGGCUGGGUCGUGCGUCUCCUGCAGUCGCCCGCUGGCCAGAACCGACUCACGACACAGCGAGUGAUGACUCAACCCUGUGGGCCGUGCUAUAGCUUUCGACGUCAGAGUAGUGACGUUGCCCCCAUUACCUGUCCGCGUGUUAAUGUACUUGUUCCGCCAAAGGGGUUUAGUGUUUUUACUUCUACACGACACGUUCCAACCCAGGACCCCCCCCCCCCCCCUUCCACCUCCGCCGUGCAGAUUUGCUGCUUGCAGAAUUCUCUGCCGUAAAGAGCUUACAAUCCGCAUGUUUUACCCGGCUCUUUCUGGCAAUUGGCCGUACCGUUACCGUGUUGGUUCCAGGCGUCACCCAGAAGCGGUACCAGAAUAGUGCGCGUUCAUUGUCACUACAAUAACAUUUUUCUUCGCUGUUGCGCCUCAAGUGAAGAUGUUCGACUGUUCAGUUUGGUCCCCGAGUCGAAACAACUAGUUUCGCUUAUGACCGGUUUUGGGAGUAGUUAGAAUUGGUCGCAAUCAAAAAUGGCGCCAGUUCCGGCUGGACUACUUGCUCCAUUUGGGUAUGGUCUAUUGAUUUCAUUUAUGUCUGAUUUACUGGUUCCAUUUACAAAUGGCUGGCUGUAGUUAUCAUCUAAAUCAAUCAUGCUUAGGGGGUUAAAUCCUGCUGGUGCUUUCAAUAAGCAGUUUAGCAUCGUUACUGUAGCAUUCCCGCAUAAUCAUAGUAAUCAAGUGGAAAUUAAGCUCACGUAACACCGAUAAAGGCAGUCGACAAGAGCCAACGUAACACGGAAGUUUGAUCCAACCAAGUGGUCCCAUGCUAAGUUAGCUGAAUCCAGCUAGAGCUUAGCUGGUGUGAAUAAUGCUAGAUGUUUCCAUUUAAGUUCAAAUUUGAACUUUAACUGGCCCAGCAGACCCCAGCUUUAUUCCCGGCAGCCAAAACUUCACUUGGGGCUCAGUUGUCGAUGCUAAAUUGUCCUGCGUAAGUCAAUGUGAAUACACUAGUACCUAGAGAAAGUAAGUUCAAUCGCGUACACUGGUAAAUUGCAUGUUGCAACACACUUCAACUCCUGCACCUCUUCUCACCUGCACUUCCACUUACGUCAGCGCAACGAAAGUUAUUGAUGCGAAUGCAUCAAAUGGCUCACUGAGUGAAAAAAAAAACGGCGUCUGUAGCUGCGAAACGGCACCUAAAUUCUGAUUGGCUGCAACGCUACGUCCUGUGCGCGUCGACGAAGCAGAGUGAGCGAAAGGGGAGAGGGCAUCGCCACGACGCCACGUGAACCUGACUCUGGCUCUGAGCCGUGCUCCCUCAGAAGCUGCAGAAGACAGUGCUAACCUUUCCCCUUCUUUACAAGGAGCCACUUAUCACGGAAGCCUUUGUUAUCCGCGCGUUCCUUGUCCGUGCAAGCUCUCGCCUGCGUUCCAACUUCGCCUCGGUAAUCACUAUAAGAAUAUCAUUGCAUAAAGAGCAGAACAGUUUCUAAAGGGAAAACAUUCGCGGCAGUGAGUUUCGAAAUUACAAUCCCACGCUCAGAAGCCGAAUGUCUUACCCACUGGGCUGAGCCAACGCAGCCCUGCGCACUCUGAUUUAUGACAUCGUGCUACUCGGACCGAAAUUUAAAUUGCGAAGCCCGGCGUGACGAAAGCGAUGUCGUCAAGAUCACCGCGGCUUACUCGGGAGCACCGCCAUUAGGUUCUAUUGCAGUAGGGCAAGGUAGCGUGACGUCGCGUAUCGAUACGCACCGGCCUUGUGCUAUCUGUAGGAGGCGUUGGCCAAAUGUCUAAACGCGCUCGCUCGCCCAAGGAGAGUUCAUAACUCAAAGGACCGCUUAGCGGCGUUCAAUUGGACAAUAUUGCUUAAGCAUUCACAACCCUUAAGAAGUAUUCAGGUGUCCUCUGAUUUUUUUCACUUGCCGUGAGGGCCCGCGAAUACAGUAGGCUGUCAUGCAUUGUUCCUAACCUGUGGAUAUAAUAAAAAAAAACGCACCUGUCAAGCUGGAGCGAACAAUCUGCCUGUGUAUUGGAUAUUUGUUGUUGUCACAAAUGUUAAAUAAAUUGAAAUCUUCAUGGGUA